AUGCUCCAGAAGGGGACUCUGCGUCUGAAGAGCAGAAGGAGCGAGGGUGUUCGCAGGCCGUUUGCAGAGCAGAGUGGACGGCCAGCCGAGAGCCCGUGUCGUCAGGGUCACAGGAAGUGGCAGCUCUGCCAGCAGCCCUCGGUGACUUCUCUGCCUUCUGGAGCCUUCCUGCCCAAGUCCCCGCUUACCCUGGAGAUACGUUCGCGAAGGCCUGCGCCUCGUGGCUUCAGGAAUAAGGAAAUCGAUCUCGCUCUGGAGAGGGGGGACGUGUGGAAGACAUACGGAGUCCGUCGGACUCCUCGCCAGCCCUGGUGCUCCUCCUUCCUGCCUUGUUGCCUGCACGGUCGCGCGUCCCCUGUUAGCAUCACGGGCCGCUCCCCGGCCGAGAAACGCCUUUGGAUCAGUGAGUGUCUGUUGCACACCUAA